AUGCGGCGCAAGGACUCGGCGUCGGGGGCCGUCGCUCCGAAGGCCGAGGGGCAACUAGGACACGGGGAGGGUAUCACCCAUGCCUCCAGCCCUCUCCUGGUGAACCCCUCCGCCUUGAAGAAAGUCACACGGAUAGAUACUGGAGACAGCUACAGCGCAGCCCUCGCAGACGGAGAGCUGUUCGUCUGGGGUCGAGUCCCACCCGCGUCCCAGGACAGGGCUGCGGCCUCUCCGAGGGUCUGGACCCCCCAGCCUCUCUCCCUGGGGGGGCGGGAGGUGUGCGAGGUGGCCUGUGGUUCCUGGCACAUGAUGGCUCUCACAACUGCAGCUCCAGGGAGCCGAGAGGGGAACGUGGAAUGUGAACUCGGAGAAACUGGAGCGCGCUUCAAAGAGCUCGGCUGCUCUCCCCCGCUGAUGACGGGCAGGGCGAAGGAAAAUAGCGAGCAAGUGUGUGUUGGCGGCCAAGCCCAGCCACCUGUGAGCCUCGCUGGGGUCCGUCCCCAAACCUGGCCCCCGGCUGGCCCUCGGUGCUCUGGGGCCCCGGACCUAGCUCCUGCAGGCCUGGGGAAUCCAGCCUCCCCAGGGGAGAGAGGGAGGGAGCGAGGGGACGGAGAAGGGAGGGAGAGAGACAGCGAGGGAGAUGGACCGUUACAUGAUCCAGCGGUUGCCGCGGCGAGGGCCCCGACUGCGUUGGACGGGACAGGAAAUGGCCGCUCAUCAAUCAAACCGGGAGAGAGGGAUGAGAGGGAGGCUGGAGGGGCCGUGGGAUCUGGGGAGGGGAGGAGGGGAAGGAGGAGAGGAGGGCCGGUCUUCAUCUGUCUGCGGCCGUUCCAGACAGACCCACCACCGCCUCGGCCCCCCAGCACUGGGUCCCUGCCCCAGAUACACCCUGGACACCUGCUGGUCCACCACAGGCCGGGACAGAGAGAUGGACAGUGGAGUUCUAACGAUUGGAGGUCCAGACCUCUACGGAGCUUCCACAGUCACCCCAGCAGUGAGACCCAGCCCACCAGACCCCGCAGCAACAGCCUCAGCCUCAACCCCAGCCUCAACCCCAGCAUCAACCCCAGCCUCGACCUUAACCCCAGCCUCGGCCUCAACCCGAGUCUCAGGCCCCAAGCACGGGCUCUGCAACAGCUCAACAUGCACGGGACCCUCCCCUGUCAUCCUCCCCAGUUCCAGACCCAGACAGAGACUCGGGCCAAUGCCCUUCCCAUGGCUGGGCCUCCCUCCUGGGCUGGGUCCAGACCCAGCCCCCCGCACCAGAAGCUCAACAGGCGGGCUGUCUACUCCUCCGGCACGGCCUGGAAGGAGGUGUCCUUGUCAGCCGAUCCCCUCCUGUCCUCCAGACUCCCAGCCCCGACCCCCAACGGGGACCCGCCUCUCGACCACAAACACUGACCUCUGACCCCCGGAGAAGAUUCUAGACUCUCUGGAAUGGAUGCGGCGGCCAUGUGUGGAAUCUUCCGGAGGGGCUCGCAUCUCAACGCUGACCCUUCAACAGUCCAGGGUGUUGGCAGAAAACUGGACACCAAAGAUAUUGGUGUUGUUCUCAAAAAAGAAGCCCGAGUCCGCCACAGUCCCCAUGUUUUGAAAUGCAUGUGUGGCUGCCCUCGCAGAUAUGGACCUCUUGUAAGACAUUUCACGGUGAAGUGUUUGCAGAGCUCUCUGGUUCGAUCAGUCCCAUGUGUCCGCGACUGUGCUCGUCUGAGUGUGAGGAAUUGAUUUGAUGCAGGGAUAAUGCAAAACGACCUGGCUUCUCAGAGAAAACAGACAUGGUCCCCCCCCAAAGACAACCCGGGCUUUUGGGAACUUGAGGGUUUGAGUCCUCCCCUCCCCUCCCCUCCCUCCCUCACACCCACUGUGACAACACUGUAGACAAGCAUUUGUGGAGCAGUACAACUGCAAUCCUUUCUGUCAGAGGUCUCCCCACUACAGGCAUUUUCUGGAAACUACUGAUGACCCCAAUCCUCUACGGAUGUUUGUUUUGUGUGUCAGUGUGCCCCACAAUUCCAGUUUUCUCCAGCUCCGGGGUCAAUUGAUUCGAGGUGAGGCCUGUCAAUUUCACAACAUAGAUUGUGUUCUCACUCCCCCCCCCCCCAGCCCUGAUACACCCCCACCCACCCACCACCUCCCCCCCCCCCAUCUCUUCCUCUCUCAUCAAUAGCCCUAUCAGAGCCCAGCUAUCGAUCCCCACCCACCCAGCACCGUGCCAGUGCGCCUGCGCGGGUUUAAUUUCUGACAGAUUUACAAUAAAAGGUGAAGUUAUUAUUUAACUCUUCCGGCCACGGCGUUCCGGCCUCCGUGAUUUAACACCCAGACGGAGGAUGAGUUAUGGGUGACGUGUGGAAUCUGCCAGCGCUGGGGCUAGUAGGGCCCUGUUCAUAACUCACUGGCAGAAUGUCUAGUUAGUCAAUCACUUGAUCUGUAAUCACAAAUGCUGCCAGAAAUUACAUGAGUGAUGAGCUGUAAUAAAAGUGCUUACUUUUUUCCUG